AUGGCACGGCGGCUACUCAGAUUUUUCCGCAGCAGACACCAACCGGUUGAGGAGGCGACAGAGCAAAGUUGUUACCUUCUGGAUUUGCCGUGGGAGGAUGUUUUAGUUCCACAUGUAUUUUGCUACUUUACUCUGCAACAGCUCGUCAGACUACAGAGAGUCAGCACAGAUUUCUACACACUCAUGCAGAUUUGUUUGUCCAAGUGCAAGACUUUUGAGAUGACUCGGACUAAAACAAAAGUUCCUAAGGAAGCAUUUUGCUCCAUAUUAAAAGACAACCAUGUUCUCCAGAACCUGUCUCUCCAGAAUUGUUCCCACUGGCUGACUGAUGGGGAUGUGCUGCCUGUAAUCAGUCAGAAUCACCACCUGCGCAGGCUGGUGAUGACCGGCUGCACUAAGCUCACCCACCACACCCUGAUCGCCGUGGCCUUGAACUGUGGGCGUUUGCAGUACGUCAGCCUGGCCUACUGUGACUGGGUGGACAACUUGUGCCUGCGCACUUUCAUUGACCAUUGCAGGGAUCUGCAGACAUUUGACCUCACCGCCUGCAGCCAGGUCGAUCAUGAUACCAUCUGUUAUCUGGCCAGGAAGUGUCCAAACCUGAAAUUUGUCUCUGUGGCAGACAAUGACCAUGUCACUGACAAGUCUGUGGAAGAAAUGGCCAAGAACUGCAUUAAUCUGGAGAAGCUGAACAUUUCAGGUUGCCGGAGGGUUGGUGACCGGGCCAUCAGGAGGCUGGCAGAGUACUGUCCUAAACUGUGUUCCCUGAUGGUGAAACACUGCAGCCAUGUGACGGAGUCCAGCCUGGAAGUGUUACGGGAGCGCAAAGUAGUGAUUGACGUAAAGCCGCCAACGCCUCUAGAGUUAUAUCCUGAGAAUGUUUGGGCAGUGCCCUUCAUGAAUUUUUGA